AUGGCGGAACUCACCGGCAAACGAGAACGAAGAAAGAGCCUGAGCGUGUUCAGUCCCCUCUCGAACCCCCGUCCUCCCCUCCAUGACCGAACUCCCUCGGAUGAUACCCUGAACCGAGACAAGAAGCCUCGCAGGAAUUCUGGCUUUUUCAGUCGGUCAAAUAACGACUUUGAUGGGUCAAAUCCUCGCCGCCCGGGGACUGCUGGCUCCGACACCGCCGCCUGGUCUUCUGCAGCAGUAGCUGCAUCUACACCGGUCAUUGAGCCCCCGCGUCCGCGCCGGAAAUCGCUGCAGAAAAAGCGAACCUCAGUUUUUGGUUCUCUAAAAUCACUACACUCUUGGGAGGACGAUGAAAUGCCGAGUGCCUCUGUCGCUUCGGUAGACGAUCAAAUCAUGUCCAAUCCCCGAAAUGGGAUCUGGUCAUCCGCGAUCCUCCACCAUGGCGAGGUUCAGACCACUGGAGGCAUGUGGAGGAAAAAGAGUCAAUAUUUGGUCCUUACGGACACCCAUAUCAUUCGCUUCAAAAGUCAGGGCAAAGCUGCCGAUGCCUUUCCCUCGAUUCCAGCUUCCUAUACACGCGCUCCGGCUGCACACCGCCAGUCAGUCGCCUCAAUCAGUUCGUUACAGGACAUGACGCAAAUGGCCUCUGGGGAUGCAACCGCUGGAAUCCCAUUGAACAGUAUUAUCGCGGUCUACAUGUUGGAGGACGCACGAUUGUCGCCCUCGGUCGAAGUAGCUUACCUGGAUGAACGCACCCACAAAGCUACAUUGGUCCAGAUGCAGACGUCGGAUCUGCAAGAUUUGAACCUCUGGAUGGUGGGUAUUCGCCAAGCCGCCCAGAUGGCCAGAGCAAACCAUCCAAUGCCAUUUAGCAGGGGAUCCGUCGAGUAUGUGACUCGCAUGCUGGAACACGAACGUGAUUACGACCCGGAGGCUUUCCGCAUGUUCCGGGUCAUCCAAAUAGCAUCGAGCAAGUCAAUCACCCGUGCUUCCUCUGACGACCUUACCAAACUGUCGCCUACGGGCUGCUAUCUUGCCAUUGGCUCCCACAAGCUUCAUUUAUUGCCCAUGCAGAAAACAGCCAAUCGGUCAUCAGUGGUAUCCCUGUCUGACUGGGAGUCGGCCACCUCCUUUGGUUUGAUGAACUUGACUGGUUUGUCCAUGGAAUAUGGUGACGAUAGCUUGCAUUUGACGUUCAGGGUUCCUUUGAAGAAGUCCUAUAACGUGUUCCUGGCAUCGGUUCACUCUGUUGAAGUCGCUUGCUGGAUCCGUCAACAUACCGAGUACUUACGUCCAUUGUGGACACGACAACCAUACGAGUUCGUUGUUCCCAAAGAACUGCAGAACGAAGACAACUUCCCACCUGUCCCUUUGGACGAGGAUUAUGGGUGCCUCGACCGCACUUUGGUCGCAUACUCUGCCAGCUACGACAUUGACACUUCAAACAUUCGAUACACCAUUGACCUGGAAUGCGAGGAUGCGCCAUGCUUCCGUCUUCUCAAGCCUGCUUCGUCGAAAUCCUCGCGAUACACCGCUCUGGAACUCAUUGCGGUAAUGCGCACACUUCGCUACAAUGAGUUCUUUCGCUCAAUUUCUUUCCGCGGUGUCAAUCUCGAUUCAUUACAGGGCCUUCGCGAUAGCCAUGGCGUUGAUGCAGAUGUCCACCUAGACCGUGGUGGAACUUUUGUGCACAUUCCCGGCCAACACAAUCUGACUGUCCUCUCGCAAGAAGUGCGCGCGUUGGCUCUGAAGAGUAAAUGGCUGCGCCGACUUGAUUUUUCUUACUGUCUCACACGGGUGCCGACCCCCACCUUGGAGAAAGGCACUAGAGACCCUGGCUGUGGGAUCCCAGAAGCGAUCUUCCCCGUGUGUCGUCGAGAACUGACGAGUGUGGACUGGGUUGUCCUGAACGGUAUCAAGCUCGGUGAGUCGGACCUGGACUACCUUGUCGAUGCGGCAUCGCAAAGGCGAAGUCACUUGCGAGCUUUGGAAGUUGGAGAUUGUGGACUGUCCGUACAUGAUCUGGAUCUUCUCCUGUCAACUAUCGUUGCGCAAGAAUCAACUCUCGAGGCAAUCAACAUCUCCGGCGUGCAGGGACGCCUCAACCCCGACGUUCUGCAGCAAUAUAUUGGGUAUUUUGGACAAAUUCGGAAAAUUAACCUGUCUCGCAUCUCACGCACGUCUGGUACCGAUCCACUCAUUACCGCGGAAAUGCUUUUCAACUGGCGGCUCGAAGAGCUGGCUCUCAGUCGGACGGCCGUUAACCGCGAGACUGUAGACGCCAUCGCCACAUAUCUAGCCAGUGAUCGAUCUCGGAACCUUCGCGUGGUUCGACUUGACCAAUGUGGUUUAACGGGAGAAGAUGUGGCUAUGUUUAUGCACUCGAUGUCUGCUAUGUCUAGUGAACCGCGAAGUUUGCAUUUGCAUGUCAAUGAGAACCGUCUUGACAAUGGAUGUUCCUACGUUUUCAGCGCUAUUGUGAAGAAUCAAACUCCCUCGCAUUUGUCAAUGCGGAUGAUUGAUUUUAAGAAAGAGGAGCAUUUCCGCGAACUGGUAGAGUCUCUUCGGAAAAACACUACGCUUCAAUUCUUGGAUAUCUCCAAGGCCUCACUUCCUUACGACGCUAGUCCUGAGACUUGUCGAUCGUUACAGCUCAUGCUUGAGGAGAAUGAGACUCUGGAGGCUUUGGACAUCAGUGGAGACAAUGCUCAUCUGGAUGUUGCACGUUUCGGUAUUGGCCUGAACCUUGCACUGACUGGUCUGAAAAAGAAUAAAUCCCUGAAGGUUUUGAGAAUCGAGCAUCAAAAGCUUGGUUUGCAAGGUGCCAAUACGCUGGCCUCUGUCUUGGAGGAAAACGACUCGCUCCGUGAAGUCCAUUGUGAGAACAAUGAUAUCAAUCUCCAAUCGUUCACGGUGCUGGUGAAUGGCUUGCAAUGCAACCGUGCUCUCUUGACACUCUCCUGCAUGGACCGGGACCGAACUGCAUCGCUGGACAAAGUGCGCAGAGAGGUUGACAACGUCCGGUGGGAAGCCAGUAACAACCAAAAUUCCACAGCAAACUCAAUCCGUCGCUCCCUGUAUGCAGCAAUGAGCGUUGGUCAAGGGCAAUCAGGACAUCGACUGCAUAAGGCACCGCCCCCUACUGUCACCUCAGCUACGGACACUUCUCCAUUCGCCAAUCACAACGUUGAACUUGUUCUAGAAUCAUUGAACAAAAAAUGGGACAUGGAGGUUGCCCGACUCCGCCGUUAUCUCCUUCGUAACUACAACAUUGCUCAUGGAGUCGAAGAGGACGAUAUCGAUGAUUCAGCUAGCGACGGACGCCCCGCAACAGCAGCAAGCCUCGGCACAAUGCUCGACAACCUCAAGUUCGAUGUUGCAGUCUCAACCGACGAGAUCAACACCCCUGAAGAACCAGCCUCGAUCCGCCUAUCCGAAACAUCAGACACAACCUCCUUAUCCUUGUCCCCAACAACCAGCGCCACGCCAAAAUCACAACCCUCCAAACCCCGCCCCCAAACAGCCCGCGCCCCCAACAUCCCGCCCUCCGAAUACGGCUCAGCCUCAACCCAAACCCUAACCUCAAACUCCCGCCUCGCCCUCCCAGUUCCUGCAGUCCCCUCAGCCGUCCGAAAAGCAAGCAGCGUCCGCUCAGCCCACAGCUCAUCAUCCACCAUCUCAACGGGAACAGGCAGCGGGCGCUCCGCCUACGGAACGGCAUCUUCCACUCUCCGCGGCUUCCUCAGCGGCACGGCUCUCCGCGAGCGUCGUCGCGCAGACGCCCGCACUGAACGCCCGCCUCCAAACCCAUCUGCACCCGUCUACGUUUCAAAUGACAAACCCCCGCAACUGGACUGGGCUCCGCCGAAACUCGAUCUCGGCGAGUUGCAGUAA